AUGACGGUCUGGCGGGCAACCAAUCCUGAUGCUAGAGAUUUUCCUGUCGACAUUGGUUUUGCUAACUUGUGUAUCGCGAAAACUAGAAACUCGGAACAGAAGAUUGCAACACCAAAAAUAUAUGUGAGAAAGACUUUGCCAAGCAAAGAAAAAUGUGAACUUGCUUUGGAAGGAGCAAAUUCCCAAGAACACUCGGAUAAGAUCGCAAUGCUUGUGGAUGAUGAAGAGUUGGAGCUGAGAGAAUUACAAGGAAGCCCAAAUGCACUGGGGUUCUCUGAUCAUUUUACUACUAAUGAAGAUCAUGCCUGUUCACUUUGCAAAGGUUGGUUUGAGGGAAGAACAGAACAGAUUUUCCACUCUAAAAUGAAAUGCUGUAAUAUGUAUGUGUCUGCAUGUAUAAUAUUUUGA